GGUGGCGGGUGGCCCCGGGGACUUGGGAAACGGAGUAGCUGGAGCCUGGACGGGAUGAGAAGGUGACGCCGCCGGGGGGCGCCACUCGCUUUGUGGGGGAAGAUGCUCGCCUACUGCGUGCAAGAUGCCACGGUGGUGGACGUGGAGAAGCGGAGGAACCCCUCCAAGCACUACGUCUACAUCAUCAAUGUGACCUGGUCCGACUCUACCUCCCAGACCAUCUACCGGAGGUACAGCAAGUUCUUUGACCUGCAGAUGCAGCUUCUGGAUAAGUUUCCCAUCGAAGGUGGCCAGAAGGACCCUAAGCAGAGGAUCAUCCCCUUCCUCCCAGGCAAGAUCCUCUUCCGGAGAAGCCACAUCCGGGAUGUAGCUGUGAAGAGGCUGAAGCCCAUUGAUGAGUACUGCCGGGCACUUGUCCGGCUGCCUCCCCACAUUUCACAGUGUGAUGAAGUCUUUCGGUUCUUUGAGGCCCGACCAGAGGACGUCAACCCCCCAAAAGAGGACUAUGGCAGUUCCAAGAGGAAGUCAGGUGCCGACACCAACGCCGAGCCCAUGAUCCUGGAACAGUACGUGGUGGUGUCCAACUAUAAGAAGCAGGAGAACUCAGAGCUGAGCCUCCAGGCCGGGGAGGUGGUAGAUGUCAUCGAGAAGAACGAAAGUGGCUGGUGGUUCGUGAGCACCUCUGAGGAACAGGGCUGGGUCCCUGCCACCUACUUGGAGGCACAGAAUGGUACUCGGGAUGACUCAGACAUCAACACCUCCAAGACUGGGGAAGUGUCCAAGAGACGCAAGGCCCAUCUGCGGCGUCUGGAUCGCCGGUGGACCCUGGGCGGGAUGGUCAACAGGCAGCACAGCCGAGAGGAGAAGUACAUUACCGUGCAGCCUUACACCAGCCAAAGCAAGGACGAGAUUGGCUUUGAGAAGGGCGUUACCGUGGAGGUGAUCCGGAAGAAUUUGGAGGGCUGGUGGUACAUCAGAUACCUGGGCAAAGAGGGCUGGGCACCAGCAUCCUACUUGAAGAAGGCCAAGGAUGACCUGCCGGCACGGAAGAAGAAUCUGGCAGGCCCAGUGGAGAUCAUUGGGAACAUCAUGGAGAUCAGCAACCUGCUGAACAAGAAGGCAUCUGGAGACAAGGACACUCCACCAGCUGAAGGCGAGGGCUCCGAGGCCCCCAUCGCCAAGAAGGAAAUCAGCCUGCCCAUCCUCUGCAAUGCCUCCAACGGCAGCGCCCUGGGCAUCCCCGAGAGGACUGUCUCCAAGCUGGCCCAGGGCUCUCCAGCUGUGGCCAGGAUUGCCCCUCAGAGGGCCCAGAUCAGCUCCCCAAACCUGAGGACAAGGCCCCCACCACGCAGAGAAUCCAGCCUGGGAUUCCAACUACCGAAGCCGCCAGAGCCCCCUUCUGUUGAAGUGGAGUACUACACCAUUGCUGAAUUCCAGUCCUGCAUUUCUGAUGGCAUCAGCUUUCGGGGUGGACAGAAAGCAGAGGUCAUCGAUAAGAACUCGGGUGGCUGGUGGUACGUGCAGAUUGGUGAGAAGGAGGGCUGGGCCCCUGCAUCCUACAUUGACAAGCGUAAGAAGCCCAACCUGAACCGCCGCACGAGCACACUGACCCGACCCAAGGUACCCCCACCGGCUCCCCCCAGCAAGCCUAAGGAGGCCGAGGAGGGGCUGGUGGGCUCCAGCGAGAGCCAGGACUCCCCACUGAAGCUCAAGUACGAGGAGCCUGAGUAUGACAUCCCUGCCUUUGGCUUCGACUCCGAGCCAGAGCUGAAUGAGGAGCCCACGGAGGACAGCAGCUCGGGGGACAGGCGGCCCACCCAGCCCCACAGGCCCUCACCCGCCUCGUCACUGCAGCGGGCCCGCUUCAAGGUGGGUGAGUCUUCAGAGGAUGUGGCACUGGAAGAGGAGACCAUCUACGAGAACGAGGGCUUCCGGCCGUGUGCAGAGGACGCCCUGUCAGCCAGAGGCUCCUCCGGGGACAGCGACUCCCCAGGGGGCUCCUCGCUGUCCCUUGCCAGGAAAAAUUCCCCCAAGUCAGGCUCCCCCAAGUCCUCAUCACUCCUAAAGCUCAAGGCAGAGAAGAACGCCCAGGCUGAGCUGGGAAAGAACCACUCCACAGCCUCCUUCUCCUCCUCCGUCACCAUCAACACCACCUGCUCUUCCUCCUCCUCCUCCUCCUCCUCCUCCUUGUCCAAGAACAGUGGCGACCUGAAGCCCCGUUCUGCCUCAGACGCAGGCAUCCGCGGCACUCCCAAAGUCGGGACACGGAAAGAUGCUGACCUAAAGGCUGGCCUGUCCUCUUGUGCCCGGGCCAAGCCAUCGGUCCGGCCCAAGCCCUUCCUGAACCGAGCAGAGUCCCAGAGCCAGGAGAAGAUGGACAUCAGCACUUUACGGCGCCAGCUGAGGCCCACAGGCCAGCUCCGGGGAGGCCUCAGGGGCUCCAAGAGUGAGGAUUCAGAGCUGCCCCCCGUCUUGGCCUCGGAGGGUCCCAGUGAAGGGGCGAGGAGGGGCUCAGCUGACCUUAUCACUCUCCCCGUUGCCACCCCACCAUGUCCCACCAAGAAGGAGCAGGAAGGACUGGCCACCUCCUACAUGACGUGCAGUGCCUACCAGAAGGUGCAGGACUCAGAGAUCAGCUUCCCCGCAGGCGUGGAGGUACACGUGCUUGAGAAGUUGGAAAGUGGUUGGUGGUACGUGAGGUUUGGGGAGCUGGAGGGCUGGGCCCCUUCCCACUAUUUGGUGCUCGGCGAGAACGAGCAACCUGAGCCCCCUGGCAAUGAGCUGGACGCAGUAACCACCAAGAGCAAGCAGAACGAGGGCAAGUCAGACAGCUUGGAAAAGAUCGAGAAGCGGGUCCAGGCGCUGAACACUGUCAACCAGAGCAAGCGGGCCACGCCGCCCAUCCCUUCCAAGCCACCCGGGGGCUUCUGCAAGACCUCCAGUGCAGGGGUGGUGAAGAUGCGGAAUGGCGUGCGGCAAGCGGCAGUGAGGCCUCAGUCAGUGUUUGUGUCCCCGCCACCCAAGGACAACAACCUGUCCUGUGCCCUGCGGAGGAAUGAGUCCCUCACAGCCACCGACAGCCUCCGAGGUGUCCGCCGGAACUCCUCCUUCAGCACCGCCCGCUCAGCUGCCGCAGAGGCCAAGGGCCGCCUUGCUGAGCGGGCCGCCAGCCAGGGCUCGGAUGCACCGCUGCUAUCCACCCAGCGCAAUGGCAUCCCUGUGUCCCCUGUGCGCCCCAAGCCCAUCGAGAAGUCCCAGUUCAUCCAUAACAACCUCAAAGACGUGUAUGUCUCUAUUGCAGACUACGAGGGGGAUGAGGAGACAGCGGGCUUCCAGGAGGGGGUGUCCAUGGAGGUUCUGGAGAGGAACCCCAAUGGCUGGUGGUACUGCCAGAUCCUGGAUGGGGUGAAGCCCUUCAAAGGCUGGGUACCUUCCAACUACCUUGAGAAAAAGAACUGAGGGCCUCAGUGCGCUGCCGUAGCAACCCCAGUGGGUGGGCAGUGUGACAAAAGGGAAAGCGGGGGGUGGGGGGCAACAUUAAACCCUGUAGAUGUGCGACCUCAAAGAUGCCCCCUCCAGGCUGUGACCCCAGCCGGAAGGUGGGUGUGACGGGUCCACACUGAGCAGGGAAGGGAACAGGUGGGAAACAUGGGCUGGGCCCUGAGAACGCUGAGACCCAUGUGUGCACCUUGAUGACUUCACUGGAAGAUCACACCAUUUGGGAUCCGCCAUGUGGGAAACCCCAACUGUGCCUUGGCUGCAAAUCUGGAACAGAGGUGGCACAGGUGCCCUCCCCCCAAUGCCCUGCCCUGCUUUGCCCAGCUUCAGUUGCUGGCAUCUGGACUGCUGGAGGUAGCCCUUCUAUCGUCUUCAUCUGUGUCUUCUGAACUGUGCUGGGUUUCCCAGGAAUCGCCACCUCUGCCAUGGGUAUGUCAAGAUACCACUGGCUCCAGGGCGUGGAGGGCUCCUGUGAGCUCAGCCUGUCCGUGGGCCAGGCCACUGUCAGUGUCUGUUAGGCUAAAGAAAAAGUCAUUCCCUUCCUUAGCACUCCCCACCCCGGCCCUUGGCAGGGCCCCCACGGAGGACACACUGGGCACCAGAGCUUACAGAGAGGGAGGGGAGCCCUUGGUCUGCUCGCAGUCUGCAGACUUGAUUUUGGAUAUCUCCGGGUGGGCAGUUCCUUUGCAUGUUUUGGGAGAAGGUUAUUGAUUUGGAUCUUAUACGUUUGGCCGUUGCUUUUGGUCUUAUUUUAGGGGUUGUUUGGGGGGCUAAGGGUGGUCACUUUGGGGAAAGGGUGGGUCGUGGUUGGGGCUUUUCUGUUGUACUCUUGUGGGGGCUGUUUUGUUUGUUUGGUUUCAUGUUAUUCCCCCUUCACAAGCCAGAGUCGUUGAUUCAGUUUCCCCUGUGUAGACAGUAGGGAGCAUGGUGCUCACCAGAGGGCUGGGGCUGGACAGGCCCGAAUCCCAGACUGGGUGAAGCCUUGGUGGGGCAACAGCCCUCACCGGAAGGGAGGAGGAUGUUGUCCAGGAGCCAGAUUUUAAGUGAGAAAGCACCCCUGGGCUGUUGGGCAGCAGCUGCUCUGAGUGUGCUCUGCAGCCUGACCAGGUCCAGAAACCUUACAGGUGCAGAGAAGCAGCCGUCAUGGCCACCCUGGGCUGAGGGGUCCAGCUGGCCCUCUGCGCUGGCCUGGAGCCCACACCAGCAGCCACCACCUCCGGCCUGCUGGUGAUGCCGCAGGUGCCCAAGAAGGAUUCACAAGCCAGGAGCCAACCUGGUCUUCCCAGGGGGUGGUGCCCCAAGCGAAGAGAGAAACGAAAGAAUAAAGUUUCCCACAGGUCCCAUGUUGACUUUGGGUUAUGUUUUUGAAUUGAUGAUGUUCCAGAGGGUACACGUCAGAAGCUGCACUGGCUUCCCAAGGAUUCCCCUUUGCUGGGAGUGGAUUUCCACACGUGCCUUUGACUUCAGACAGGGCAGGCUUCAUAGCCGAGACUCAGCUGCCAGAAUUCCUGGACUAAGGGUUGGUGUUUUCUACAAAGGAGGAAAAGCCUUCCUUCCACCCCUGCUCCUCGGCCUGAAGACAAGCAUGGGACCCAGAGUCUCUGUGCCUUCCAGGCCCUGCCUUCCUCCCAGACCCCAGAGGCCUUGCCUACGGUCUCCCACGUGUCCUCGCCCCCGUCAUACACUGAUGCCCGGCAGCUGUAGCGAACUGCUCGUGUUCUCUGUUGAAGGGCCGUGGUGAGAUUAUUUGGUUUUAUUUGUGGGUUUGUUUAAAAAUUGAAACUAGUUAUUUUCUUCUGCUGGACAGUAUUAAAUAGAGCCGGAUGUUGAGUUAAUCUGCUAGAUUGCAGUACUAAUGGUAGCGGUGUAAUGUCUUCAUAGUAAUAUUAUUUUGACUUAGUUGAACAAUAAUGAUAAAGAAGUGGUUCAUUACUUUUUUAAUUAAUGCACUUUAGUAAGGUGGAAUGGAAAGAAACCCAGAGAGCAAAGUGCAUUACUUAAAGAUGCAGUAUAUACUUCUCAUUUUUAAACAGCACAUAUUUAUUAAAAGAAAAAAAAAGUAAUUUAUGAUUAUUUAAAAUAAAAUUUAAAAGUAGAGUGACUGUUGGGUUAAAGGACCUUCCACAUAGUUACCUUCCAGGGGGAGGGCCCCGGCGGCCUCAUUCCUCAAAUGUCUGCACUGAGCCAGUUCAAUCAUUAGUGCGCCAGCCAGGCCAGGGAGGGGUGCAGGACAUCUGCCGAGCACAGAGCAUCUCAGUCGGACUGGACCACGUGAUGCCAGGAGCCUGCCUUCCCUGCCCCUCCUCUGCCCCAUGGGGCCCUCCACCACCCAUGAGGCCUGUGUUCACCUGGCCCCCCAAGGACCCUCUCCUUCAUCCUCAGUGCUCUAAGUGAUAUUAAAAGGCAGGACUGGACAGGACCUCAAAGGUCACUCCAUCCCAUCCUCUCCUAUUACUGCAGCCCAAUGACAAGAAAUGACUUGCCCAAAGUCACACAGCUACUUAAUGGCAAACCUCCCCCCUGCAUAAAUCCUUGCACACGCACACCCCCCUCCCGCCCCCUUCAUAGUUUAUUGUGUGGUCAUCGUGUUUACAUUGUGACAUCCAGCCCUAAGGAUGGCUGGGAGUUGCUCAGGCAUCCAGGACAAGUGGGGAAUGCUGCCACCUGGUGACAGCAUGUAGAUUUGGGUGGUAAACAGGGAUUGCCAUGCCCCAGUCUUCACACCUCUCUCCCUCACUACACCCCCUAACUGACAGCACAGCACACACCCUGCCAACCCAAAGAGAAUAUUAAUACUUGAAGCAAGAAGGGUGUGUGCCAGUCCCCCCGACACAGCAUGGCUAGGGGAUGCUAGGCCCUGUGCGCCUGACUCCUAGCCCUGCCCAGGGCAGAAGGACCUUUCCCUAGAGCUACUGAGCUGCUUUGUGAUGUAGGAGGGUACAGCAGCUGGUGGAGGACGGAGGGGGCCUGUGGCUCUGACCCAUCUGGAGGAAAACCAGAUCGGCCUCAAAAAGGAAAAGAAAAAUGAAAUCUCAGCAGUGUCCGAACCUAGUUUCCCAUUAGUUGCAAUUGAAAAUGUGAAAUGACAUUGUAUUGCUGUAUACUGCAACUUUAAUCCUAAUGAGCCCUUCUGAGGUCAUUAUUGAGGUUCAUAUAAUGCCCGAAGAUGCAUUAUCUGGUGCUUUGUUUUUCUUCCAGUUUAAAGAUCUUUUUCUUUUUACUCUGAGGGGAAAAAAAUGUCUUCAUCUCUCUCCCACCUCGUUCCUCUUUGUAACAGCUGGCCUGGCUGGGCUGCCUGACAUCCCCCAUGCUGUUCCCACCCAAGGGACCUUGGGGACAGCCCCUGAGCAGCAGGUGGGCCGUCUGACCCGGGGAGUUUUCCCCAAGCCCACCUUGCCCUGCCCUAGCCUGAACCCAAAGCCUUCUUCUUCCUCCUGGAAUCUGUCCUGACGAAGGCAUUAUAUGGAAUCGUUUUAAUUACUUUCAGAUGUUAGAGCAGCGUAUUUUACUGGCAUUUAUAUCCAUCGCUUUCCUCAGCAAGGCAUGUUACUACUUUUAUCAUCUAAGGAAAAAAGACAAGGGAAUUUUGGUCAAGCAUUAUUUUCAUAUUACUAAUAUUUGCAGAGUAGGCGUAGAACUAUUUAAGUUUAGACCUUGAUUUCGUAGUUUGUUUUGUUUCUAAGGGGGAAAAAAAAAGAUAAAAAUAACCCCUACUCCUGUUUUUGUUUUGUUUUUGUAUUUAACAUAUUAUUUGUUUAAGGUUACUCACUUCUUCACCCCCCCCCGCCCCCAAAAUACUUUGCAUUCUCAAUCGGAAAAUGAAAACAAUCUGAGAGACAGGAAAAGUGCAAUAUUAUCAAGAGGGAUGCCAGGGCUUGUUAGGAACAGCGGAGGAAGGCAGGCAGAGGGGCCACUGGGAAGGAGUGUAACUGGAGCAGAUGGGUGGGCUUUUGAUCUCUUUCCCCCCUUCCCCUUCCCUGGCAAGAUGGUAGAGGUUGCCACCAGAAGGUGGCCCCGUUUUUCUGUUGGGUGUUAUCCACUCAGAGAAAGGGGUUCAGGGAAAUAGCAUGGGACCUCUGGACCUCCCGGGGCCCUAGCCCCGGACAGAGCGAGGACAUCCAAGAACCGGUCUGUGUUUUCAUUUCAGCUUUACAGCCAGCUGCUUAGAAAGAUCUGUCCCAAAUUUACUCCCAGCAGCCCUCUCUCACCCCAGUCUCCCAGUGUUUGGGCCAUGAUCCUUUUGAUAUAUCUUUAAAUCUUUCCAAAACUAAGUAACCUCAGUUCAGUUUAUGGGCAGGCACCCUAGAUGUAACCAAAUUCCCUCGGGGGAGGGUAGGAGCCUUGAGCCCUAAGUACCACAGUGAGACACCAGCUUGCACAGGCCUGCAGCAGGGCCUGGUGCUGAGCUUGGGCCGUCAAUCAUCUCAACGACUUCAGCCCGAGGAGUGAGCCCUGCUGCCUCUGCCCAACCCCCAGACAGUCCCCAGAAGGCCUUGGAGAAGAGUCUGCCCAGGUCCCUCUGCAGACAGAGCUUCCCACAACAGGUACCAAGCCGGCUUCCCUCCUUGGCACCGGCUGAGAAAGCGGCAGGAUGGGAAGUCUCCUGUGGGUCCCCACCCUUGGAGCUCUGUCCCUCAGGACUACCGGGGCAUCCUUGCUGGCUUGUCCCCUCCACCUCCAGUACUGUACGCUUGCUGCUCCAACCCCUCCAUUUGGUGAAUUUCUGUACAGAUACAGAUCUGUAUGCCCAGAGCAGGACUGUGCCCCUGUGUGGCUCUCUCUCCUUGGAGUACUUACAUCUGUAUAUCCUUGAGAAUCUCGAUGCAGAGCUCUCUGGAAAGAGAACCGUCCACAUUGCUAAAGAAUUACGAUUCCCUCACUUUUUUGAGGGCCAUGUGUUGAGAGUGUGUAUGUGUAUGUGUGCAUGUGUGUGUGCACACGCACGUGUGUAUGAGUGUUGGCGAUUUCCCACUUAAACUAAAUAAUAUGGGGUUAGAGGAAAAAAACACCGGGCAAGCUGUCUCCACUGAAUGAGUCCUUGGCAUUGGGCAGGUCCCAUGGGACUCACAGCUUCUGGCAUCAAGUGUAUGUGUGAUUCGCACACAUAAUUCUGGCUGGAGAGUGCAAUGUGUCUUUUUUUUUUUUUGUAAUUAUUUUAUUAAGUAUUUAGUUGGAAACUUCACACUGGCAUUAACAGAUCUAGCAGAAGCAGCCUAGGCCAUUGUCCCUGCCUCCAAAAUGAAGAUGUGGAAGAGAGAUGCUGUUGGGUGGGCGAUGCUGUUUUAGUUGGGUCACCCACCUGCAGAUGUGUUCUCUAGCAGGCCGACUCCCACCUGUUACUGUACAUGUCAUCAGUGUGACAAUCCCCAUAAAGUAAAAGAGCUCUGACCUCUUGGUUCUAGUAUUUCUGAGACUGGGGCAGGCUGGUCGGGAUGAGAGCCUGCUCCUGUGAGCCCAGCAAGACUCAUGCCUGUGCAUACAUAAACACUAUAAUCUGUAGACCACAGGGCCAGCUGGACAUUUAAUGGGAAUACUAUGGAGCCCUCCCCUAACCACCCCACCCCCACCCCCAGACCCUACUGAACAUUUUGGCUAACCAUCAUCCCUGUUUGGUGCAGCCUCAUGCCUGUGGUUCCCAAGCUCUAUGGUCAGAGCCAGUGAGAGGACAAGAUCAGUAACCUAUAGCCUCUUUUCAGGAAAAACAGCCCUCUGAUUUUAGUUUCUUUCCCACUUUGUCCUGCCACACCUGGGUGUCCUGGCCCGAAGUUGGGCAUAUUGGCACUUACAGACCCUGGACUGGGUGGAGGGCUGUACUUUUCAAGGCCUUGAUCCAGGUUUGGAAUUACCAUGCAACCCUCCCACAAUCUUUAAUCUUGAGUUUGCACUUGACCUUGACAAUCAGUCCUCUCCCUCAUUCAAACCCUAGAACUUUGUGGCCUUAGAGAAUGGGGUCCCAUGUUGAUGGUCCCGGUCUUGCUCCCAAUUCCAUCCUGGCUAAUGGGCUGGGCCUCCUUAAGAGAGGAAGGCUUGCUGUUUCAGAGCAGAGGGUUGAUUGAGCAUGUUGGAGGUGAGCAAGAGGCAUGUCAGUGAGAUGAGUGUGUGGACGUUUGGGGUGGCUGGGGCUUACCGUCCCUUUACUGGGAAGGAGGCUUCCAGAAGAGGUUGUCUUCUGGGCAGGAAAGAGAUGGUGUGAGAAGGCUUGGAGAGGGUUUGGAAUUUUGAGUUUUGUCUUUGUUAAGAAGAAGGAGUAAGUCAAUUCUGAGUGUUUCAUGAAGGAGAGGAGAGCAGGUUGGCUGGAAUUUAGCAAUUCAACACCCAGGGGUCCAGCCACAGCAGGUUGGAAAGGCCUCCAAAUUUGGCCAUACAAUCAGCUAGCCAGAGAAAACUGCUACACACUGGGCCACAAACUGGGUCCUCAAUGGAUGGCCACUGAUUUAUGUAGUGGAGAGGGCCAGUCAGCAACAACCCAUCAAUCUUCAUCAGAGUUUGGAGACCUUGGCUCGAGAACAUGUAUCUAUGUCCCAGGUUCCCAGCUGGUUUUCCCUACGCAUUGACUGUCCAAUCCAGAGCCAGAUCCUCAAAGUUGUUUGAAUCAGAGACCCAGUCACCAUGAUGCAGUAGGGACCCACCAUUUUCAGACUGGAACCUCGGGGCCCAGGCUCCUUCAGGCAGAUGUGGGAGGAAGGCAACCUCAUCUGUUGUUCUGUUAGUACCAGCUGUUCUCAAGGUUAAUAACUUGUGGUUCAUCAGUGUGCUGAGCCUGCCUCCCUGGUGUGAAUUAGAAGACCUGGUGAAAUGCAGACUCAUCCAUGGGCAUACCCUUUCCUUUUGUAGUGGCCUAUAAUCAAGGCACACUCUUAAGAGUUUUGCUUUGGAGACAGAGGUGUAAACGGAGCCGCUGUUCUUGAAUUUGCAAUUUCUUAGCUCUGCAACAGUUUUCCUUUAAUCCAGGACACAGGAUGGAAAGUGGGGUUCACUGCCAGUUAUCAAGAGGUCUGCAGGAAGGUGGGCUUAUGAAUGAGGCAGGUGUGAGUGGCAGGUCCCCGAAGCAUGGGUGUGUGGACUGCAUGGCUGGAUGUGAACUAGUGAAUGCCUCUGGGGCUCCAGAACUUUGGGGAAUUCCUCAUGGUGUCCACUUGACCCUUCCCAGCUUCUAGCAGCUCGGUGUGGUCAGAACGGACCAGAGCUCCAUGAGGUCAGGAGGAUCCCUACCUCCAGGGUGUUCCCUCUUCCCCUUCAGUAGGGAAACUGGAGAAAAUGCCAUCGGGUUCAAUGUGGUCAAUUUGAGUGCUAAAAAAUUUCUAGGACCAAUGGUGGUGCUAAACUAUUUCCAUGUUUCUAAUAUUUUUAAGUGAUUUUUUUUUUUUUUUUAAUCUCAUCACAAGAAUGCAGCAUCCUUGGGGAACGACACAGCCCCUUGGCCUGCCACUUCCCAGGUGUCCUUUAUCACUUUGACGGGACUCUUUGGUCUGCAGAAAAUACUCUGUCUUGGCAUGCUUCUAGACUGUAAGAUUUGGGUUGUUUUGUUUUAUAUUUUGUUUAUGUUUACAUGCAUCGUAUAUUUCCCUGAAAACUAAAUAAAGUUUUUGGCCUUUUUAACUGAAUAGAA